GGAAAAACCCCCAAAUCAGGGGUUUCAAAACCAAAAAUCGGGGGUUAGAAAAACACACGAAAAUCAUCUAAAAUUGGGGUUUUCAAAAUCACACGAAAAUCAUCUAAAUUGGGGGUCUUCUGUUGGGCUUCUGUGGGUCUUCUGUGGGGCUUCUGUGAGACUUCUGUGAGGCCCCAUUUCAUACCAACCACGAAACAAGCACGGAGGACGGGGGACAAGGUUCGGUCAAGUUCGGUCAAGCUCAGUCAUUUUCGGCGGAAUGGGCGGGGAGGGUGGAGGGAAAUCCCGUCAUUUUUGAGACCAAUUUUAGACAGCAGACAGAUAGACAGUUAGACAGGGGUUUCAAAAGAUUUUCUACAAAUGUAUCUGAACUACUGAACUUCAGUAUUCAGUUUUCAGUUUAUAGGAAACUUCUGGUAUAGCUGUCUAUCUGUCUAUCUGUCUGCUGUCUCAUUUUGGUUUCAUUUUGGACGGGACUACCCCCCAUUUCCCAUUUUCGCCUAUUUUUUGGGAAAUUACUGAACUUGACUGAACUUUUACUGAACUUCCCCCCGUAGUUUUGGUUAGGUUUUCACUUCGCCCCGCACCAGGCACGAUGCCCCCGCCGAACGAGACGAAACGCAAACAGGGGAGUUUCUUAAUUCUUUUUCUUCUUGCCGUGGGCUUUGCGAAGCCUUGCUUGGCGAGAGACAUCGGAGAAGUCUUUCACAAUACUACAGAUGGGUCAGCUCCGUCCCCACCAUCUUCACCCCCCCCCCCCCGUGGUUGAAAGAGAUUCAUCAGAGGUCUUUACAGAUGGGUCAGCUCCGCCCCUACCAUCUUCGCCCCCCGCUCCGUCCGCCGCCGAGGAAACAACUUCACCGUCGCCAACUGACGGCGAUGGAGGCGAGGGAAUGAUGAACUCUGCCGAAAUGCCCACCAGCGCGGCUGUCGCACCACCGCUUCUUGACGACUUGGACGCAGACGGAGAUGAGGCGGAUGCCGCAUCAAAAGCUGGCGACCAACAGGGAACUGAACAAAUCUCUCCGCAAGAGGGCGGCGAGGAACUCGUGUUUGUAAUACACGGUUUUCCAAAAUGUCGUCACUGUGACGACGCUCAACUCGCAAAGAGGAGUGAUGACUCCCUCUUGAACGACACGAGGUUUAACACUCCACCGCGAGGUUUUGUUGAGCUUACCGAAGAGCGAGUGUUUGACCAGCGAACUGGAGCUCUUAUGUCAACGACAGGGGAUUAUGGACGACCCCUUUACAAUGACACUCAAACAUUUCGCUUCACCGUAGAUGUUGCUAAGGGAUACAAGGAAAUAUUUUACCUUACAUAUUGGUUAAAAGUUUAUCUGGACAAGGUCUACAGUAUGAUGUUUUGGAAGAAGCCAAAGCAACUAGACAUAAAUAGGGCUACAAGAGUGCUACAAGUAUCUAUCUUCGUACGAAGGUAUUCCGCCUUGAGAGUGAGUGCAGUGAGUUACCUUCGUACGAAAGUACUUUCGAAAGUAAGAAAGUACGAAAGUACGAAAGUACCUUCGAAGGUACUCUCAAAGUACUUUCGUACGAAAGUAUAGAUACUUUCGUACGAAAGUACUUUCGUACUACAGUACAUACGCACUACGUAGCUACGUACGAAAGUACUUUCGAAAGUACUUCUGAGAACUGUCAGACAGUACACACUACACAGUACGUAGUGCAAUACACUAGUCUACUACAAAGAUAGAUAGAGAGUCCACCCGACAGCUCAUUAUUAUUAUAAUUAUUCAAGACACAGAACACG